UUCUCUCUCUCUCACACACACAUACUCACACAACUCCAGGCGAAAUUUUUCUCUCAGCUCGCAGUUCUUCAUUGUUGGUAGAAGUUUCUAGAAACCAUGUACGUGAAAUCGAAGAUGACGUGGAAUGUGGUACUCCCCGCAGAGAAUUUAGACAUAAAAGGACUCAUGCUCCAAAAGGCAAUCAUCACUCGUCUCAUGUCCGAAUUUGCCGCCAAGAAAGCCUCAAAAGAUCUCGGAUACUUCCUCACCGUGACAACUGUCGGCAGCAUCGGAGAAGGGAAAGUCCGGCAGGAAUCGGGCGGCGUUCUAUUUCCGGUCGAUUUCAGCUGCUUGACUUUCAAGAUGCUGGUCGGAGAAGUUCUUGAAGGCGUGGUCUACACGAUUAUAAACAAAGGGGUCUUCUUGAGAUGCGGGCCCGCCCGAAACGUGUUCCUCUCUCACACAAUGAUGAAAGAUUACCGUUUCGUCCCUGGUGAAAAUCCAUACUUCACGAGUCCAAAGUCGUCGAAGAUCGAGAAGGGGGUGACGGUGAGGUUUGUGGUGCUUGGGCAGAAGUUUGUGGAGGCUGAGAAAGACUUUCAGGCUCUUGUCAGCAUUAACGGUGAUUACCUUGGGCCCAUCUCUUAGGUGGGAUUUUUGCCAACGAAACGAGUGGGCCCCACUCUCUUGACUUUCUUUCUUCGGUAUCUAAUUAAAUAUAAUCUGAACUAUGUGUGGUUUGGUUCUUGAUGGAUUAGUGUUUUGUUUGGGCUUAAUGUGUAAAAAGCUUUAGAUGUAGGCAUUUUGGAACUUUUGAUGCUUAGUGAAAUGACUCUUCUUUGCUGCAUUUGUUGGUGUUUCUUUGUGCACUGUUUGGCUGAAUUUUUUUCCAAGUUUUU